GUAAAAUAAAAUUUUUGAAAAUUAAACAAAAUUUAAGUGUAUAUUCUUCUCUUCUGUCUCCACCGAGUAGACAACGAAGCGACCGUGAAGAACAACGAAAAACAAUUCAAUUUUUUUUCACAGAUAUUUAUACCUGCAAGGUCCAAGACUCAUGGCGAAAAUAAAACCACAAGCACUUUUGCUGCAAAGCAAAAAGAAGAAAGGGCCAAGUGGAAUUAGUGUCCCUACGAUUAUUCUAUAUGGCUUAAUUGUUGCUGUAAUGGUGUUUUUCCUGUUUGCUACUUAUAGACACUGGUCUCGAAGGUCAAUGAUUCAGACACGGGAUGAAUUGUCAACCACUGAGGAUGAAAAUACGUUUAUUGAGCAUAAGAGAUCUGAUGUCAAUGGCCCUACAUAUGCUUCCAUAACCACCUCAAAAGGAUUGAUAAUUGUGGAACUUUACAAGGAUGGUUCUCCUGACAUUGUUGACGAAUUUGUUGAUUUCUGUCAGAAGGGCCACUUCAAAGGGAUGCGAUUUAAUCGUGUAAUAAAGCACUUCGUAAUCCAUGGUAGUAAAGUUGAUAAACCUGAAGGUACAGAAGAUUGGACUUCGAGGGGAAAGCAUUACAGUCGACUGGACACAAGCCUGAAGCACGAAGCAUUUAUGCUUGGUACUUCAAAAACAAAUCAUGAAGGCGAAGGAUUUGAUCUGUUUAUAACAACUGCACCAAUUCCAGAUCUGAAUGACAAGAUCAAUGUAUUUGGGCGUGUAAUAAAGGGAGAGGAUAUCGUGCAGGAAAUUGAAGAGGUAGAUACUGAUGACCAUUAUCGACCCAAAACUCCCGUUCAGAUCAACGAAGUGACUCUGAAAUACAGUACUUGAAGGUUGCAGUGUCCAUAACAUAAGUUUUUUUAAAACCUCAUCGAACGGCGUCUGCAGCACAAAUGUUUACUUGGGGUCUGGAUUGGAAACCAUCAUUUGCUGAUUUUAAAUCCUCAAUAUUGACAUGACACGACUUGCUAUCGAUGAUUCUGGUGUAAAAAUCUGGAUAUGAUAUUCCAUUUGUAUAAUUUUAUUUUUAUUUUUUCUUGUUUUUUCCCCAAAUUUUCUCUUUAGACUAAUGUUCAGAUGUUAUUUUAUAACAUACGAUGUUAAGAGUAAAAAACUAUCUUGAGUUUACCCUAAUGUG